CCGUUAACCACUGGACAGAAGGUCGAGACAGGAACUAUAUACGAGCUGGACUGCUUAAAAAACCACACGUAACGGAGUAAUACUCGGAUGCCCUUUAAGAAACAAAUAAGUGAAGAGCGAAAACUGAAUGCAUAAUGAUUGAAACGAUAGAUACCCAGCGAUGUCUGCAGGCAGUGGAGCGCCUGCAGGCGCGUCUAAAAGAGAAGGGGGGUGACGUGCCCUCUGAUGAGAAAUUGAGCCUGCUCAAAUCUGUCCUGCAAAGCCCAAUGUUCCACCAAAUCCUCGCUCUCCAGAAAUCUGUACAUCAUCUGAGGGAACAGGCUCCGUGCGUUAACUCAGAUUGUACCGGCGGAUAUGUGGAGUCGACUCAAAUUAAUGGGCAGCCCUCAGCAGAGGAGCACGGUCAUAUCAUUCACGCCAUAGCUCAGGGUCGAACGGUGACUCAUAUUGACCUGAUAAAGCCAGUAUCAGGAGGUCUGGGCUUCAGUGUGGUAGGACUGCGAAAUGAAAACAAAGGAGAACUUGGUAUUUUCAUACAGGAGAUACAGCCAGGAAGUGUUGCAUACUGUGAUGGUAAACUGAAGGAAGGAGAUCAGAUCCUGGCAAUAAAUGGACAGCCCCUGGACCAGAACAUAAGUCAUCAGCAGGCCAUCACUCUACUACAGAAAGCAUCUGAGCAUGUGCAGAUAACGGUGGCCAGAGGUGCAAUUCCUCAGCUCUCCAGCCCCAUAGUGUCCAGAACUCCCAGCGCUGCCAGUACACUGUCUGCACAUUCAAGUGGGACUCACUGGACACAUGUGGAGACUAUAGAGCUGGUCAACGAUGGCACUGGUCUGGGUUUUGGCAUCGUCGGGGGGAAAAGCACAGGAGUCAUUGUUAAGACUAUUCUACAUGGAGGCAUUGCAGAUCAGGAUGGUCGUUUGCGCAGUGGGGAUCAUAUCCUGCGUAUUGGUGACACCGACCUGUUUGGUUUGGGCAGUGACCAGGUAGCUCAGGUUCUGCGCCAGUGUGGAAACAGAGUUAAACUGCUCAUCAGCAGAGCAACAGUGGAUGAUGCCCUUCCUUCAGCUGUGCCCCUCCCAACACUUACUGAGCAGGUGAACACACAACGUCCUAAAAUGUCAGAAAUCAAACACUGUUCAUGCAAUCAUACAAUCAUACAAAAAUAUGAUUAUUUUUUGUUCUAUUAUUGGCAGGGUCUGGAGGAGGAGGAGCAGGAUGCAUUUGAUGUGAGUUUAACAAAGAAUGCUCAGGGUCUAGGCAUCACCAUUGCAGGAUAUGUAGGGGACAAGAACUCUGAUGCUUCUGGGAUAUUUGUGAAGAGCAUCACUGCUGGUAGUGCUGUGGAGCAGGACGGUCGUAUCCACGUCGGAGAUCAGAUCAUAGCUGUGGAUGGCAUGAACAUUGAAGGAUAUACCAAUCAGCAAGCAGUGGAGGUUCUACGUCAUACCGGUCAAACAGUCCUCCUUAAACUCCGACCUGGCUUCAGAUCAGAUGAAACCAUUCCACCAAUCAUACCAGACAUCAUGGAGACUGAACCUGUCAUAGACAGUAUACACGAUACUACAGAAACUUCCAGAUCCAUAGCUGCUGCUGUUCUGCCAUGCAUGCCUGAGCAGAAAUCGGCAGGCAUCAAACUAAGUGCAGAGGAAGAAGAGGAGUUGAUGAAAAAAUGGCAGGAUACUCUUGGGUCUAGCAGUGAAAUCAUUGUUGUACAGGUAGAGAAGUUCAGUGAGAGCAGUGGUUUGGGGAUUAGUUUGGAAGCAAGUGCAGGUCAUCACUACAUAUGCUCAAUCUUACCCGAGGGACCCGUGGGACGAUCUGAAAAACUCUUCAGUGGAGACGAGCUACUGGAGGUGAAUGGAAUAUCUCUGAGGGGUGAGACUCAUAAGGGGGUGGUAAGCAUUCUUAAGGAGCUGCCAGUGUGUGUGUUCAUGGUCUGCUGUAGGCCCGCCCCUUUGCCUUUGACUGACAGUCAAACAUGCCGGUCAGAACUGGAGGACGCGGUUACAGAGUUGACAGAAAAGGUCUUCAGCGAUGUGGAGGAUUUUCUCGAGCCUGGUCAUUCAGAAAAGAGCUUGAGAGAUCUUGGGACAACAGGAGCUCCAUUGGCUAUGUGGGAUUCAGAGAUCCAGGACAUUGAGCUGGAGAAAGGAGAACGUGGUCUGGGCUUCAGCAUCCUGGACUACCAGGACCCUAUGGAUCCAGCCAAGACAGUGAUUGUUAUCCGGUCACUUGUGCCUGAUGGUGUGGCAGAACUGGAUGGGCGUUUGUUGCCAGGAGAUCGCUUAAUGUAUGUCAACAACAUCAACCUAGAGAGCGCCAGUUUGGAAGAGGCAGUUCAGGCACUAAAGGGGGCCAACCUGGGCACCGUGCACAUUGGUGUUGCUAAGCCACUGCCUAUUGAUACCAGCGACGUGGAUGAGAAGACGUUUGAUCGCCAGUACAACGAAGAGGAAGAGGAUAUGUUUCAGUCGUCUAUGAUCGCACUCCAUGGAAGCACCUGCAGUGCUGAUCUUACUUAUCAGAUGAACCUGCAAAGCUCCACCCCACAGAGUAACACACACCCGGAUCCGUGCAUGGAAUGUCCCUUUAUGGUGACAUCUGGACUGGCAGAUGAUACAGAACCGUUUUCUCCUGAGGAGACUCCAGCCUCUUUACGGCACGAGGGCAGGGCUUUGAGACUCGGCCCCGCCCACUCCAAUUUCAUCAUGGACCUCAACUUAGAAAUAAUGGAAGCACUGGAUACACCGAUGUUAAAAGAUGGAUUAUCUAGAAGUCCCGUCUUGGUUUCUGAAGAGGCGGAGCUUAUGAACUUAACAUGUACAGAGGUACAAACAGUAAUGCCAGAGAUGCAAGGGCAAAUGCACACUGGGGAUUGUCACAAUAAGGAGGAUGAUUUCCCCAUGGACAAAACUGCAGAAGCAACCGAUCAACAAGAAAUGACUCCAGGGAGCAAUUUUGAGAGGACCAUCACUGUUGUCAAGGGCAACUCAAGUUUAGGAAUGACCGUAAGUGCAGUGAAGGACGGUGUGGGUAUGCUGAUCCGCAGUAUCAUUCACAGCGGGGCCAUAAGCAGAGAUGGUCGUUUAGGAGUAGGAGACCUCAUACUUGCCAUUAAUGGAGAACUAGCCGGAAACCUGACCAACGCACAGGCACGCGCCAUGCUGCGCAGACACUCCCUUAUCGGCUCUGAUAUGGGAUCUUCAUGUGCUCCAGAGGAGGAGCUCAACCCCUUUUGUAUUAUCAAGUAUGUACCAGCAGAGUAUUUAGAGGAAUACAAAGCUAGUCAGCAUGUGAAGAAUAAUGCUUUGGCUGUUGACGUAUCAAGCAUCCCAAGGUCUGUAGCAGAGCUACCUGAGAGAGAAGAUGGUGAAGGAGAGGAGAGUGAACUACAGACAGCUAACUUUAGUACCUGGAAUCAACCUAGGAAGGUGGAGCUCUACAGGGAAGCAGGAAAAUCCCUAGGCAUCAGCAUCGUUGGUGGCCGUGGCAUGGGCAGCCGCCUCAACAACGGCGAAGUAAUGCGGGGCAUCUUCAUCAAGCACAUCCUGAACGACAGUCCUGCAGGACGUAAUGGCACUCUGAAAACCGGUGACAGGAUUGUACAGGUGGAUGGUGUAGAUCUGAGAGAUGCCAGUCAUGAGCAGGCUGUAGAUGCUAUACGUAAAGCUGGGAACCCUGUCGUUUUCCUAGUGCAGAGCAUUGUCAGCAGACCCAGGAAGCCACCCGUUCCCUCUCUGCAGCUAAACAGCAGCAAGCUUUCGAUCAGCUCUAAUGCACCAGACUGCUUUAAAAACUCCCCGCUGCAGACGUCAGCAGCAGAUUCCGAGGGCAGAACAGCACCAGACUCAAGCACCAACAGCAAGGAUGUUGAGAGUCACAGUAGACUUUUCCUUCGUCUGUCUCCAACUAACCCUUUCACCCCUACUCCUUUUAAGCUAAAUCGAGAUCCAGGUAAAGUUUCCCCGACGAUGCCCUUCCUCUCAGUACCACUCAUAGGUGAGACGGACACGGACGUGCCCACAGGUAGUCCUGAUACGGGUCUUUCUAAUGAGGAUAAGGAGGAUGAGUUUGGCUACACCUGGAAGAAGGUGGUGGAACGCUAUGGAGGCCUGUCCGGUGUGCUGCAUAUGAUCGAGCUGGAGAAAGGCAGAAGCGGUCUGGGUCUAAGUCUGGCAGGAAACAGGGAUCGUUCACGCAUGAGCGUCUUUGUAGUGGGCAUCGACCCCAAUGGUGCAGCCGGGAAGGAUGGACGCAUCAUUGUGGGAGACGAGCUGCUAGAGAUCAACGGUCAGAUUCUGUAUGGACGAUCCCAUCAGAACGCCUCAUCCAUCAUCAAGUGCGCACCCUCGAAAGUCAAAAUCAUCUUUAUCAGAAACACAAAUGCACUGAGUCAAAUGGCUGUGUGCCCUAUAAAGGAAGAUGGACUGGAUGCACAAUCACAAGCGGACACCUUCAAAGAGAAAAAUCUUGAAAUUUCUCUCAGUUCUUCUCUGUCUGAUACGGAUAUACUGAAAUACGUCAGGAGCACCUCAGCCGUGGAAAAAGAAGAAAAAGGACUUGGGCUGACCCAAGAGGAUGCCAGGAAUUCAAAAGAAGAUGCAUUAAAGAUCUCUGUAAAGCCCAGCAUUUAUACCAGAGGAUCAGACUCAUUGACUGCCUCACUACCCAGCAUGCACUUUUCCUCAGUGCCAUCAUUAGAAAUGGAGCCAACCACUAGCUCCAGCAGGUCAUCGACUCCUGCAACCUUCAUCUCUGACCCUGUGACCUGCCCAAUAAUUCCUGGCUGUGAGACCACCAUAGAUAUCUGUAAAGGGAGAACAGGACUGGGUCUCAGCAUUGUGGGCGGAUGUGAUACACUACUGGGUGCUAUAAUUAUUCACGAGGUGUAUGAAGAAGGUGCUGCUGCUAAAGAUGGCAGGCUGUGGGCAGGAGAUCAGAUUCUUGAGGUGAAUAAUAUAGAUCUGCGCACAGCAACUCAUGAUGAAGCUAUAAAUGUGCUGAGGCAGACACCACAGCGGGUGAGGCUGGCCGUAUACCGUGAAGAAGGCCAGUAUAAGGAGGAAGAGCUGUGGGACAUGCUCACUGUGGAGCUGCAGAAGAAACCUGGACAAGGCCUCGGACUCAGUAUAGUCGGAAGAAGGAAUGGUACUGGUGUGUUUGUGUCAGACAUUGUAAAAGGAGGUCUUGUUGAGAGUGAUGGGAGACUCAUGCAGGGUGAUCAGAUUCUGUCUGUUAAUGGACAGGAUGUACGGACAGCAACACAGGAGUCUGUCGCUGCCCUGCUUAAGUGUUGUGUGGGUCCAAUUAAACUGGAGGUGAGUCGCUUCAAGGCGGGACCAUUCCAUUCAGAGAGACGUCUCUCAUUGGGCAGUCAGAUAAGUGAAGGUGGAAGCUGUAAAGCCAGUCAGCAGUUUCUUACAAGUUCUGGAAGCCUACAGGGAGAGUUUGAAAGUGUCCAGAGGAGUCAAGAAUCACUGGACCAAGACAUCCGAACAGUAGAGAUCUUUAAGGGCCCGUCCGAGUCUCUGGGGGUCAGUAUAGCAGGUGGCGUGGGCAGUCCUUUGGGUGAUGUGCCUAUAUUCAUCGCCAUGAUGAAUCCAGCUGGUUUGGCAGCGCAGACACAAAAGCUCAGAGUUGGUGACAGGAUCGCAUCAAUCUGUGACACAUCUACAGAGGGCAUGACUCAUAGCCAGGCUGUAUCGCUACUGAAAAAUGCUACAGGGACCAUAAGUCUGCAGGUUGUUUUAGGUGAUACCACAGUAACUGGACCUCCACUAGAUCAGACAUCUGGACUCACCAGUAGCAGUAUUUUCCAUGAUGACCUGGGUCCCCCACAGUGUAAAACCAUUAAUCUAGCGCGAGGACCGGACGGUUUGGGUUUCAGUAUAGUGGGAGGUUUUGGCAGCCCUCAUGGUGAUUUGCCAAUCUACGUUAAAACCGUGUUUGGAAAGGGUGCUGCGGCAGAGGAUGGGCGUCUGAAGCGUGGGGAUCAGAUACUAGCUGUUAACGGGCAAAAUUUGGAGGGAGUCACACAUGAGGAGGCAGUUGGCAUUUUGAAAAAGACCAAAGGCACCAUCACCCUCACUGUGCUCUCAUAGAGAAACAGUCAUGUACAGUUACACUCGUACACAAUAGAGUACAUUCACCUCAAAAUCUGCACAUAAAUUGAAUAGUUUGUAUAGGCAUAAAUGUAUUACCCCUUGUAUAUUUUACAGACUUGAAGUUAUUAAAAACACUGGUUUAGUAUA